UGGAGAAGGAGCCAGACAGCCCCGAACGGCUUGGCCCCGUGCCUGAUACCAGCACUGUGACCACUAUGGUUCGUGCGAGAUAGUAGUUGCUGGCAUGGAAUCUUGUGUUGUGGUGACGGCCCCGCUCUUCUUCAUCCUCGGUCCGCGUUGCCGUUGGGAUCGGCGCAUGUGGGCUUCCUUUUGGUCCGGGGUUUAGUGAGCGUAGCUUGUUUCGGAUGCAUCGUGUUCGAUACGUAGGGUGGUGGACUGAUGGAGAUACGAUGGGAUCCGGUGAGGAUGGCUUUUAUGAUUUUAUGCAUGGUUUAUUCAUGAACAAAUCAUGCGAUAUAUGUACCGUUUGGGUAUCGGUAAGACGGGGUAUAUAAAGGAGUAUAUAGUUGUGUAGGUUCGGACGGCAGAAUCCCAACAAUUCACGAUGGAGAAUUCCGCGUCAAAGCAAGUCAUGACGUUGAAGAACAUCCCAAUCAAGACAAUCUUGUCUACCAUAUGGAACGAUCCCUGGAAACGUAUCGCUGCCUCUGCUGGCGUGGUAGCCACCUACCUUCUCAUGGUCGCAUCUCUGCGCUUCCAACGACUGCGUUCCGUCAAGCGUCAGUAUCGCAGGUACGCUCGCCGAGAGAAUAUGGCGAACAUGACCAUCCACGAUGCAUGGGCAAUUCAGAAACAUAUCCUCCAGUUGGAGUUUCCAUCUGCCGCGUUGAAGGCUCUACAGUUUGCACUGUUCCGAACUUACGGCAUCCCGUCUAUAUCCUCCCUGCUCCUUAAAACAUCCCAAUUCUCAAACACAUCUACAUCCUUCAAGCGCUACGCCGACACCGGCGCCCUGAUCGGCCAAUUCAUGGCCUUCGAGCCGACCUCCGACCGCGCCAUCACCGCUAUUGCCCGUACACGAUUCCUACACAUCGGGUACCGGAACAGUGGCAAGAUCCUCGAAGAUGAUAUGCUAUAUACGCUGAGCCUGUUCGCUCUCGAGCCGAUCCGUUUCGUGGGUCUGUUCGAGUGGCGCAGUAUGAGCGAGCUGGAGCGUUGUGCGAUCGGAACGUACUGGAAGUACAUUGGCGAUGCUCUGGGGAUUAGCUAUGAGCAGCUGCCGUCAGGGAAGACGGGUUUCUACGAUGGGCUGCAUUUCCUGGACGAGAUUGGUAAUUGGAGCCGAAAGUACGAGGAAGAUAAUAUGAAACCGAACGUCGUGAAUAAGGAGGUCGCGGAUCGGACGAUGGAUGUGUUGGUGUAUCCGUUGCCUAGGGGGUUGAAGGAUUUCGGGAUUCGCAUCGCGUCGUGUACGAUGGAUGAUCGGUUGAGGGAGGCAAUGAUGUAUGACCGUCCAUCAUGGGUAUAUCAAUUCAUUUUCUCGUCUAUCAUGGGCACGCGCAAAUUUUUCCUUCGACACCUAUCGCUACCUCGUCCGUACUUUCUCCGCUCAGAUGUUUUCACCGACGAACCGAAUGAGCACGGUCGCUUUUAUGUGCGCGUUUGGGUCGCCGCGCCGUACUAUGUGCAACCUACCUUCCUGAAUCGAUGGGGACCGGGAGCGUGGGUUAGUCGGAUGCUGGGGUUACCGGUGCCCGGGGACGAGGGCGACAAGUACUAUCCAAACGGAUAUGAUACUGCUGAUCUGGGACCGAAGUAUUUUGAAGGAAAGGGGCGAAAGACGGUGCAGGAUAUCAAAGAUGAGUUGUGGAGGCAGAUGAAAGAGCGGCCGUUUGAGGUGGAUGUAUAG